CGACCGCAGGCGGCGACCCGGGCGGCGCGCGGCGAGCUCUGGCGGCGCUCUGGUCCCGCAGGCGAGGCCGGGCCGGCACUCGGACCCGAGCGGGACGGGACGCGACGCGACGCGACCGGAGCGGGACUGCGAGUCAAGCGGGGCGAGCGAGGAUGCGGGCAGCGGCGCGGGGCCCGGCGCCCGGCAGGAUACCCUCGUAGCCAUCCGGAGGACACGUGGCCAGGAUGUCAGAGAAGCGACCGCUGGGUGCCCUGGGGCCUAUGUUGUACAGCAAGCUGCCACGUCUCGUCGGAUCUGAUCCGGGGCCUGGCCCCUGCCCCGUGGGAGGUGCUGCCCUGUCAGGGGCCGAGAGGCUGGCAUCUUGGGCCCCAUGUGGGGCCCUGUACCCCGCCAGUGUGGCAGGCGCCUCCCUGCCCCCGGACAGCUUGCUGGCCAGCUGCCUGCUCUACCGGCCGCCCACUGAAAGCGUGGCGAAGCUGACUGCCGCUGGACCCCCGGAUCCGCUGCCUCCGCCCUCCCAGCUGCCCCCCUGCCCGGGACCCCCGCUGGCCGCACCCAAGCCCGUCUACCGCAGUCCCCUGUGCUAUGGCCUCUCCACGUGCCUGGGGGAUGGGAUGGCCAAGAGGCCGCUGGACGUGGACUGGACACUGCUGACCGGGCCGCCAGGCCCCCCCACCCACCCGCCUUGCUCUCUGGCCCCUGACCCUGGCUCAGGCCAGUGUCUGAGUGGCCCCUUCCUGAGGGAGGCACCGGGCAGGGGGCCGGGCCGGGACCCCUCUCCAAGCUGCCCCCCCUGCCCGGCCUUCUUAGGCCAGUGCCAGACCGGCUUCCCAGCCCCUCCAUACUCCAGACCUUACCUGGGGGACUCCAGGCAGGCGCUGCCUGAGGGACGCCCCACUCCCUGGACCCACCUGGCCCAGCCGCUGGGACUGGCCUGCCAGGACUCAGCGUCCACACACUGUCCAGUGCUGACCUCUGCACAGGCCCUGCCAUGUGCCCUGCCCUGCCACCGGCCUGAGAGGCAGGGCAGCUAUGGUCCUGGGCCCCCACCUUCCCCAGGGGGCUACAGGGGGACUUCACACCCCACCAGUGGGCUGAGUAGCCCCUACCUUCAGCCUCCAGCAGCCCAGAGCCCCUGUAUGCCCCCAGGGGGGCUGGACACGUUCUCCUGCACCCCGGCCACCUCCCCAGGCCUGAGGCCAGAGCUACCCCUCACACCCAGCUGCCCACCGGACCUGGCCCCCCCAACACUGGGCUUUCCGUAUGCCCGAGACAGCCUUCCCAGCUCAGGGCUGUCCCCGGGCCUUGGAGCGACACUUCCAGCCCAUGGUGGCCUGCAGGCUGGGCCUCAGCCCAGUGGCUUCCCACGGGUGUGCCAGCCCCUGCCCCCCCGCCAGGCCUGCCGGGAGUCUGCCUGCACUGAAGACUCGUCCACAGGGUCCCCUGAGGAGCGGCCCUGGCUGCCCAGCUGCAGGGAGGACUGGCCAGUGCUGGACGAGCCCCCCAGGGUGUCCGUUCUCAUCCAGGACAGCCAUGGCCCCUGCCCCCGCACCUCGCCUGGGCUGCCCACGUGUGCCCAGGAGGAGGACGACCGCUCCCCCCACUCCCCCCCCAUGCCUGUGAUUGACAACGUCUUCAGCCUGGCCCCCUACCGCCACUACCUGGACGCAGAGACUCCCGACACACCCAUGGAACCCCACCUGGCCCCCAGUGCUGGCCAGGAUGAAGCCUGUGAGGGGGCCCUGCAGCCACCCUGCCCACCCCAGGAGGAGGGGGCACUGGACCUCAGCGUGAGAAAGCCCUCAGCAGAUGCCCCUGUCCAGGUGUCCUGCCCUGCAGAGCUGGCCCAGCCCCCAGCCUCUGGGCACACGCUGGACCCGGAAACAUCAGACCUGCCUGGCCUGAGAGCCGUGGCCCCCAAGCCAUCAGUGCUGAGUACAGAGUCGCCCCCCAGGGCCAACUUCCACAGCUCUGUGGCCUUCAUGUUCCGGAAGUUCAAGAUCGUGCGGCCGGCGCCCAUCGCAGACACCCCCAGACACCAGGCUGUGAGCCGGCCCUCGGCCGAGACCUGCUUUGGCCUGGCCAUUCUGGGCACCCCGAAGGUGGCCUCCGCCCGCCCGCUGGCCCCCGCCCCAGCGGCCCCCUCGCCCAAAUCCCCGGAGCAGCACUUCAUGGGCCUGCACACUUCCCUGUGUGAGGCCAUCGCUGGCGCUGUGGCCCAGUCCCCGCCCGAGAGGCUGCGCUCGUGGCUGGCGGAGGCGGGGCCCUGGGGCCGGGCUGCCUGGCGGGAGGCGCAGGGUGUGCAGGUGCUGCUGGCCCAGCUGCUGACCCAGCUGGUGGUCUUCGAUUGUGCCCACCUGUGCCCCUUCCCACACGUGGUGCGGGCGGGCGCCGUGUUCGUGCCCAUCCACCUGGUGAAGGUGCGACUGUUUCCGCGGCUGCCGCCUGGCUCAGUGGAACGCAUCCUGCAGGAGCACCGCGUGGAGCUGCGGCCCACCACGCUGUCGGAGGAGCGGGUCCUGCGGGAGCGGGCGCUACGUGGCUGCACGUCCCGCAUGCUCAAGCUGCUGGCGUUGCGGCAGCUGCCUGCCAUCUACCCCGACCUGCUGGGCCUGCAGUGGCACGACUGUGUGCGCCGCCAGCUGGGACACGAUGGCCCUGAGGAGCCCACCCUGGGCCGCAGGGAACCCGAGAGCCUCGCUCCAGAGUGCCCAGCGGCCACGGCCAGGAUCGGGAAGUCUGGGAAGAAGGAGUCUGUCCUUGGAUCUGAGAAAGAGGUGGCCACAGAGGGAGGGCCCCUGCCUGUCCCUGCCACCUCCUCCAGCCCGCCCGCGCCCGCUUUGAAGGCCCGCUUUCGUGGCCUGCUGGAGAUGGCCUGGCGGAAUGGGCUGGCACUGCCCACCUGGGGCCACCGGGCCCCUGCAUCAGACAGGACAGUGCCGCGGCCGCACCUGGCCACCUGACCAACCAGCACCACCCGCUGUAGCGCAGGCCACUCCUCCCUGACUGCGGCCUCGCCUGCCUGGGCUCUCUUUUCCCCCCUGCUCCCCUGGCCACAGCCGCCGCUUGGCUGGCCUGCGCUCUGACCUCUGCAGUAGGGGGAUGUCGGGAUGCCUGGGCUCUCUGGGGCCUGGAGGUGACCGGCCCAGCUCCUGAAGCCUGUGAGUGACUCCUGGAAAAGCUGGGCUGGGGCUCUGCCCCCGGGGAAGGCUGACCCUGAGGACGCCAAGUGCCCAUCCCCCGAGAGUUAUCGCCUGCUGGACGCCGAGCUGCUGUCUCGGGACCAGAGGGCAGGGGAAGGGCUGCUUGGCCUGGCAGCUGGGCCUCUGGGGGCCUCCUGGUCCUAGGCUAAGCCAGAAGCUACCAGCUGGACCUGGGGCUUUGCUGGGUUCAGGGGACGCUGCAGGGUCUUGGAGGGGACAGUUGGACAUUCAGUAAAGCAUUUAGGGUUCGGA